UGGCCGAGUGGGGGAGGAGAGAGAGAGAGAGAAAAGUUUCAGAGUGUAGAUAUAUAUAUAUAUGUAAUAUAACCACACAUCCAUAUAUACAAAUAUAUACGCUUAAGUGAAAGCUAAGCCGAAGGUGUCGGGCGAGUCUAUACGAAAUAGGAGGUCAGGUAACGCGGUGUAACUAGGCUAAGCAAGAGCAGUCUGUCUCUCUUCUUUUUUUCUUCUUCCUAUUCUGUCCUCUGUCAAAGUGAUUAUUUUAGUGACAGAAUCACAAGUGAAAUCUUUCCUGUGAAGCUUUCAAAACUGUCAAUAAUUUUGCAUUCCAUUUCUGCGGAACACAGGACGGUUGCAGUGAAGCUUCUUUACUGAUAAACCACGUCUCAAUAAUAUUCUGCUUAUAUAUAUUAUAAUUAUACAUAAUAUUCCACUUCAACAAUGUCAGGAUUACGUAAAGCCAAGAAAUAUGACUGGAAGGAUAGUAACAUGGCCCUUGUUGGCAGCGAUUUAGACAGAUCUGUGAAAAAGGAUGCAGCUUCCAAAGAACCCAUGUGGCAUGGCACAGGGGAAGGACCCGGUUUAAAAGUCUGGCGCAUUGAGAAAUUCGAAGUGAAGGAAUGGCCUGAAAAAGACUAUGGCAAGUUUUACAGAGGAGACAGCUACAUUGUCUUACAUAGUUACUUAAAGGAAAAUAAACUCCUCCAUGAUGUUCAUUUCUGGAUUGGCGAAGACAGUACUCAGGAUGAAUAUGCCACUGCAGCCUACAAAACCGUUGAAUUAGAUACAUACCUGGAUGACAUACCUGUACAACAUAGAGAGUGUGAUAAACAUGAAUCAGAUCUUUUCAGGAGUUAUUUCUCUAAAAUUGAGGUGUUGAGAGGUGGCGUAGCCAGCGGAUUUAAUCCUGUGAAGCCGGAUGAAUACAAACCACGUCUCUUGUUUUACACUGAAAGUGGUAAGAAAGUCUCAGUGAAAGAGGUUGCUUUCCGUAAAUUGUUGAGCCAAGAAGAUAUCUUCUUGUUGGAUAUGGGGGUCAAGAUUAUCCAGUGGUAUGGUGAUGAAAGCAACCUCUUUCAACGACACAGGGCCAAUUGCUUUUGCCAAGAAUUAAAAAAUGACCGAGGUGGAAAGACAACAUCUGAAGUUAUUAACCAGGAUAUGGAUGAUGGGAAUUCAUUCCAAAAAUUAAUAAACCAAUGCAUUGAAAAGAAACAGGCGGAUGGUGAUGAUGAUGAUGAUGACGAUGAAGAUGACGACGAGGAUGAUGAUGAUAUCAACAGAUUGUUUAGGAUUUCCGAUGCUGAAGGCCAUUUGAAGAUGGAAUUAGUGGAGGAGAGUGAAGGCAAACUAAGCAGAUCGAAUUUGUCCAGUGCAGAUGUAUUUUUGAUUGAUACAAAGAAAGAAUGUUUUGUCUGGAUUGGCAAAAAUGCAUCGAAGAACGAGAAAGCCAAGGGUUUCUCCUAUGCUCACAAUUAUCUGAAAGAUUCCAAACAUCCAUUGAAUCAUGUGAUGUGUUUGUCCGAAGGUUCUGAGAACCAAUGUUUUAAUGCAGUUUUGCAGGGCUAAAAGUAUUACGUUUUGUAGAAUACCUCAAUUUUUAUGAGGAGCAACUCCUUGAAAAUUCCUUUUCGACAUUCCAGUUGAAAUAUUAAAUUUAUUAACAAUAACUCAACCAAUUUUAUAACUUUUAAUACCCUUUUUAUUUUUUUUUUCCACCCCUUUUGUUGUUGAAAUAUUUUGGCUGUAAAACAAAGAUUUGUUGUUGGUUUGUUUCAGUCAUAAUGGUUUAUAAACAUUGAUUUAAAAGGAAAAAAUAAACGACUAAAUUUAGAACCCUGCCUUAACCCUGUUGUGGAUAUCUGAAACCAGGGUCUGUCCAAUAUGAAGCAAACAACAACAGCUGUCUUAUGAGAGCAAUGUUAUUUCUUAUCCAUUACAUCUAAAGGAAGAAAAUUUACAGAAAUCAAUGUUUGACAUUUUUAUUUAACAAUAAAAUUGUUUUUAAAACUGCU